GUUCCGCGACUGUGCGCGCUUCCGCCUGACCUCUGACUUCGCUGUUGUUGGCGCGCGGGAACCUGUGGCGUUGUCAGCGCGGUGGCACUGUCUGUGUGUCCGCGCCGCCGACCAUGCCUGCGGGCGUGCCCUGGUCCACCUACCUGAAGAUGUUCACCGCCAGCCUGCUGUCCAUGUGCGCCGGGGCGCAGGUGGUGCACAGGUACUACCAGCCCAACCUGACAAUACCUGAAAUUCCACCAAAGCCUGGAGAACUCAAAACAGAGCUUUUGGGACUGAAAAAGACACAACAUGAACCCCAAAUCACUCAACAGUAGAAACCUCAAAAUACUAGUCUGCAAAAACUGAUUAUUGUGUCCAGUAUUUUUCAGAAGUACUGUGUCAAACUGCUUGUCUUUAAGCACCGAAUGCAAGAAGGGAAGCUGUUCAGUGGACAUGUACUGAUGCACUGAUAUUUCUUUAUGGUUUGAACAACUGUUUAUUGGAAGCUGCUAAAGCUGACACCAGCAGAUUCUUAAUGUGGUUUAAAGUUAGUUUUGAAAGUCACGAGAUAGUGCUUUUGCAGUAUCUCCUGCCCUUAUAAUUCUGGUUUAUUUAUCUAAGCUGGAAUGUAAAUGAAAAUUAUAAAUUGACUAUAAUAAAAAAAUGAUAUUGACAACGGAUACCUGUGGUUUGAAGUUAACAUUGUAAAAGUACUGUGUACUGAAGCCAACUUAAGUAUUUCAGGUUUGAAGUUCUUUUAGAAUUGGGUGCUUAACAAAUUAAGAUGAUGACUUGGCCUAUCAAAUGCUUUACCUCCAAACUUGAGAAAUCAUGAUAAGAUUUGACUUUUCCUAGUUAAAUACAGUUCUAAAUAAGCUGAAACCAUAAGCGAGCACUUUUACGGGUUGAAUCUUCUUCCAAUCUAAAAUAUUGACGUCCUAAUCCCUGUGAAUGUAGCCUUUAAUUUGGAAAAACUAUGAUCUAUGUUAAAAUAACUUCAGGUGGGGGUAGAUAGCAGCACGGUUAUGCAAAGAGACUCAUGCCCAAGGCUCCAAGGUCCCAGGUUCAAUCCCUCGCACCACCAUAAACCAGAGCUGAUCAGUGCUUUGUUUAAAAAAAAAAAAAAAAGGAUGGGCUCUAAUUUAGCAUGACUGGCUGACUGGCAUGAUGAAAACAGACACAGGGGAACAAUAUGUGACAAGAGACAAAUGUGGGAGGGAUGCAGAUACUAGCUAGAGAGCACAGAGGAUUGAGAACCAUCUCCAAAAGCCAGGAAGAGAAGGGGAUUCUCCUGAGAAUGUCUCAGCAUGGCCCUGCUGACCACUGGUCUCUAGAAUGUGAGAAAAAAUUCUGCACCCCUGAUUUCAAGGUUCACGUUUUUUAAAAAUAAAAAUUUAUUUUCCCUUUUGUCA